GAGAUAUGUACCUAUCGUAAUUAUUAUGUAAUAAGUGCAAUGAGAACUUUUGUUUAAUCGUUUCGCAUUCAACAUUUAAAAAAAUAUUUUGUAAAAAAGCUGCCACAAUGCGGACUUGCUUUUUUUUUUUUUUUUUUAAACACAUUUUUAUGUUAUUACGUUUUUGCGGUAAGUUGCUGUAUACCUACGAGUAAUUUUAAAAAUACAAACAGGUAUCUCAAUUUUGAAGACUUUUUUUCCAACCCUACUUUUUGAUACAAUUUAACCAUCAUUAAAAAUAGCAACCGGAUACGCAUCCUAGAAACAUGGUUCAAAAAGGACAAGCUCAAGUGGACGAAUACGAUGCUGAAAUACUGAAACGUAUAAUUACUCCGGAAUAUCCCAGAGAUCCUUUGGAAAUAUUAGGUGAAAGAAACUUCAACCCUCCUCGUAUAGUGCCAAAAGAAGAAAUCGGCACACCAGUUCAAGAAUUCUUUCGCGAUGUAACCGUUUUCAUCACCGGAGGUACCGGUUUCAUGGGAAAAAUCUUGACUGAAAAAUUGCUGCGUUCAUGUCCUCAUUUAAAGCAUAUUUAUUUAUUGGUCCGAAAUAAAAAAGGACAAACUUCCGAUGAAAGAAUCAACGCUAUUUUUCAAGACAGACUUUUCAAAAGACUCAAGCACGAAUCUCCUGAUUCCUAUAAAAAGCUAUCUGCAAUGAAUGGUGAUUUAGAAGAGCCGGAGUUAGGCCUAUCUGACGAAAAUAAGAAAAAAUUUGCCGAAGAAGUCAACGUUGUGUUUCAUGGAGCGGCUACGGUACGGUUUGAUGAGGCACUCAAGCUGGCCGUUAUAAUUAACGUUAUCGGCACUAGACAUGUAUUGAAAUUGGCUGAACGUGCCAAAAAUCUGAAGGCGAUGAUGUACAUUUCGACAGCUUUUUCUUUUUGUCAUCAUUCCGAAAUAAUCGAAGAAAAAUUCUAUGAUAUGCCUGCAGAUUACAUGGAGGUGAUAAAUAAAGUUACCAAAAUGAAUGAUUCAGAAGUUGAUUUCGAAACACCCAAAAUAUUGGGCGAAUGGCCGAAUACAUACUCGUUUACAAAGGCAUUGGCCGAAUGUGUAGUGAAAAAUGAAAGUCAAGAUUUACCAAUCGGCCUAUUUCGACCUACUGUAGUCAUUUCAACCUACCAAGAGCCUGUUCGUGGUUGGAUAGAUAACCUUUAUGGACCAAUUGGAUCAUUUUUAGCUUUUAUAACCGGAAUAUUACACGUUUACGAAGCAACUUACGAUAAAAACUGUUUGGAUUUGGUUCCGGUGGAUUUAGCAAUAAAUGGUUUGAUAUGUGCGACCAAAGCUACCGCUGAAAAAUAUGAUCAAUUGAAAUCGGAGAAAAAAGAUGUGGAUAUUCCUGUGUAUAACUAUUCCAGCGGAACUCAAAAUCCCAUAACUUGCGGAAAAUUAGAAAAUCGUUUCGCUCAUUUUUCCUUAGAAUGGCCCGCCAUAAAAGCAAUGUGGUAUUACUCGGUGAUACUUACGGAUAAUAAAUACCUAUUUAGGAUAUUAUCGUUCCUGAUGCACACAAUCCCUGCUUAUUUCUUGGAUUUUCUAGCUUAUCUCGUUGGAGAAAAACCAGUUUUAACCAAGAUUUAUAAAAAAUUGAACCGCGCACUGGAAGUUACGGCGUAUUUUAGAGCUCGACAUUGGGUUUUUAAAAAUAACAAUAUUCAGGAACUCUGGCAAAAGUUAUCCAAUGAAGAUAAACAACUCUUCUUCUUCAACGCGGCUGAUUUCUCGUGGGAAUAUUUCUUACAAGCGAUGGGGUUAGGAUUACGCGUGUAUCUUGCCAAUGACGAUAUUCAUACCUUACCAGCAGCCAGAAUUAAAUGGAGAAGGUUGUACUAUGCACACAUUGCUCUCAAAACUGUUUUCUUUGCAGUAUUAAUCUUCCUGCUGCGGAGUUUGCUAAAAUUUAUUUUAUUUCUAUUUUGAAAACGUUAUUGUCCACCUCAAAAAAUAAUUGUAGACAACAGA